AUGAAAUUAAGUUACAAAAUCACAGUAGUUACAGUUUUAUUCUUUGGAAUUUCACUUACCUUAUCAAUUGAAAGACAAAUAAAGCUAGGAUUGAACUUUGAUGGCAACCUAGGUUUGACACUAAUCUUUGAAGAGGAUUAAAAUAAUAUUGUCCCUGAGAUAAAUUUGUCAACAAAAAUGAAUUAAACUACUCAAACUAACGAUAGGACUGUUGAAUAAAACGACAUCAACAUCAAUAAAACAAAUUUGAUUCACAGAGAUGAUGAUGGUUAGGAUUAAACUUAAAAUGUAUCUCUUGAUCAUGAGUAAGAUGUUGAUUCUAAUAUUAACGUUGGCAUUCAUGCAGGUUCUAACAAUAAUAGAACUACUACAGAAGUUUUGUAAUAAGCAACUAAUGGAUGGGAUCAAACAAUUGGCUAUAUGGCUGCAUCAACAAAAAUUUUUGUGAAAUCUCAAACUGAUUACAAUAUCUUUGUCAGUUAAAAAGGAUAAAGUGAUGCAUUAUAAGUACAUAAAGAUCUGUAUUUGAAUAAAGUCUAUAAAGUAUUGUUUACUUUAAUGAAGCGAAGAGAAUUAAACGAUAAGAUAAAACAAAUUUAUGAUUAGCUACUUGAAUACGAUGACUUUGAUGCUAAUGAUAAUUAAUCAUUAUGA